AUGAAGUGGACUGUGGUGUGGUUGUGUUUCUUGAGUUUUUCUGCUGCGAUUCAAGCCGUAGAUGUUCGAAACCAUGUUAACAACAUCUGCAGCACUUGGGGCAGACAGCACUUUAAAACCUUUGAUGGUGAUGUGUACCAAUUUCCUGGCUUUUGUGAGUACAACCUGGUCAAAGACUGCCACGGAUCCCAGGGCAAGUUCUCAGUUCACAUUAAAAGGGAGAAAAAUGAUGGAAUAAUUACGAUAAGUUACACAGUGGUAACUGUCAAUGAAAAUACAUUCAACCUAACCAAGAAAUUGGUCAAGAAAAACAAUGAACUAGUCACUCUGCCACACUACAGUGGGGGGGUAAAAGUGGAAGAAAGUACAUUUUACAUCAAGCUUGAUGCUCCCAGAGUUGGCAUUUCUGUCAUGUGGAACCGUGAAGAUGCAGUCAUGGUGGAAGUUUCAAACAACUAUAAAAACCAAACUUGUGGACUUUGUGGAGACUUUAAUGGUGUUCCUGUCUAUAAUGAGCUCAUUAACAAUGGUAUUAAAAUCAGCCAAGUCGAGUUUGGAAAUAGUCACAAAGUGCAUCUGCCAAAUGAUGACUGCAAUGACCCCCGUGAAGACAAAGACGAGUCAUUGAAGGCUGUGAAUGUAUCAAGUACUUGCAAGAAUUCUCAAAGCAUCUGUGAACAAAUGUUUGAGUCCUGGAGUUCAUGCUCCAACUUGAUUAUGCCUGAAGAUUACAUCCAGGCAUGCGUGAUUGAUAUGUGUGCCUGCAACAACAGCAGACAUUGUGCUUGUAGCACAAUGUCUGAGUUUUCUCGUCAGUGUUCCCACACAGGAGGACAGCCUCCCAACUGGAGGGAACCUCAUUUCUGUGCUAAACAGUGUCCCUACAACAUGAGUUAUAAGGAAAGUGCUUUUCCUUGCAUGGACACUUGCACACAUCAGGACACGAGAUCAAUGUGUGAGGACCACAAAAUAGAUGGUUGCUUCUGUCCUCCUGAAACGGUGUUUGAUGAUAUUUCUAAGCGGGGCUGCAUCCCUCAGUCUGAAUGUCAGUGCAAGCAUGACAAAAUCUAUAACUCUGGAGAAGUCUACCAACACGAAAAAACAAACUGUACUUGUUUAGAGGGGAGGUGGGAAUGUGAGAGUUUUGAAACACCCGCUACAUGCUCAGUUGAGGAAGGUUCACAUUUCACAACCUUUGAUGGUACAACCUAUACAUUUCAUGGAAGCUGUCACUAUACCCUGGCCAAGGUGGAAAGCAGGGAUGGGGUGAGUCCAAAUUUUACCAUCCGAGCCUUGUUAGAACCAUGUGCCGAAGAAAAAUAUGACACUUGUCUGAAGGCUAUAAAAUUCCAUCUGGGUGAAGACCAUGUCUUAAUGUUUAAAUCUGAUGGCUCAGUUCUGGAGAAUAUGGUCGUUGUCAGUUUACCAUACUACUCAGGGGAAUUUAGAAUAUUUCAUGCUUCUUCAAUUGACAUCUUGCUCUAUACCAAGUUUGGGGUGCAAAUUCAGAUCCAGCGUAUCCCUGUCAUGCAAGUCUACAUCAGCUUGGAAAAUAGCUACAAAGAAAAGACAUAUGGUUUAUGUGGUACCUUCAACGCGGUCUCUAAUGAUGACAUGAAGACUCCUCAGGGGAUCGUGGAAGGAUCUCCAGUAACCUUCAGUAACUCAUGGAAGGGUGAAGUGUGUGGCCUGUGUGGAAAUUUUGAUGGUAAUGGAGGGAACGACUUCACUACUCAGGGUGGGCUGGAAGUAAGCAAUCCAUUCGAAUUUGCAAACAGCUGGAAAGUGCACAGCACCUGUCCAAAUGUUGAAAAAAACGUUGACGCUUGUGAAAGAGCACCCCAUCGAGAUCACUGGGCAAAACUGAAGUGCAGCAUCAUCACUGAUCAAUUCGAAGAAUGCCACUCCAAGGUAGAUCCCAGUCCGUUCUAUGAUAACUGUGUGAAAGACUCAUGUGCCUGUGACUCUGGAGGGGACUGUGAGUGUUUCUGCUCAGCGGUUGCAGCUUACGCCCAAGCUUGUAAUGAGGCUGAUGUUUAUAUUGCUUGGAGAACUCCGGACAUCUGUCCCACUUCAACAACAACUGCUACAACUACAACAGAAACACCAACUACAAUCACUACAUCAACUGAAACACCAACUACACCCAUUUCAUCAACUGAAACACCAACUACAACAACUGAAACACCGAAUACAACCAGUUCAACUUCAAGUACUACUCCUUCAUGUAGUCCUGGAACUUGUAAUUGGUCCGAAUGGUAUGACGUACAUGACCCAACCAAGGACAAAAAUGACAAUGAAACAUAUGACAACAUUAGAGAAAGUGGCAAAGCCAUAUGCUACAAUCCCCAAGAAAUUGAUUGCAGAUCAUCUGAAAAUCCCGAAUUAGAGCUGAGUUUUUAUCUGAGUGAAACUGGCCAAAAGGUGACUUGUGAUGUCAACAGUGGGCUGAUAUGUAAAAAAGAAGAACAGUUAAAAUUGAAAAAGUGUUUCAACUACAAGAUACGGGUAUGUUGUGGGACAGUUCCAUGUUUUACAACUACAACUACACCUGAAACACCAACUACAACCAUUACAUCAACUGAAACACCAACUUCAACUAUUACAUCAACUGAAACACCAACCACACCCAUUACAUCAACUAAAUCUACAACUACAACCACUUCAACAACAACCACUACAACUACAACUGAAACACCAACUACAAUCACUACAACAACUGAAACACCAACUACAAUCACUACAUCAACUGAAACACCAACUACAAUCACUACAUCAACUGAAACACCAACUACAACCAUUACAUCAACUGAAACACCGACUACAACAGCUUCAACUACAGCUGAAACACUAACUACAUCUAUUACAUCAACUGAAUCUACAACUACAACCACUUCAACAACAACCACCACAACUACCACUGAAACACCAACUACAAUCACUGCAUCGACUAAAACACCAACUACACCCAAUACAUCAACUGAAACACCGACUACACCCAUUACAUCAACGGAAUCUACAACUACGACCACUACAACAACAACCACUACAACUACGACUGAAACACCAACUACAAUCCAUACAUCAACUGAAACACCAACUACAACCAUUACAUCAACUGAAACACCGAAUACAACCAGUUCAACUUCAAAGCUGAGUUUUUAUCUGAGUGAAACUGGCCAAAAGGUGACUUGUGAUGUCAACAGUGGGCUGAUAUGUAAAAAAGAAGAACAGUUAAAAUUGAAAAAGUGUUUCAACUACAAGAUACGGGUAUGUUGUGGGACAGUUCCAUGUUUUACAACUACAACUACACCUGAAACAUCAACCACAAUCAUUACAUCAACUGAAACACCAACUACAACCAUUACAUCAACUGAAACACCAACUUCAACUAUUACAUCAACUGAAACACCAACCACACCCAUUACAUCAACUAAAUCUACAACUACAACCACUUCAACAACAACCACUACAACUACAACUGAAACACCAACUACAAUCACUACAACAACUGAAACACCAACUAUAAUCACUACAUCAACUGAAACACCAACUACAAUCACUACAUCAACUGAAACACCAACUACAACCAUUACAUCAACUGAAACACCAACUUCAACUAUUACAUCAACUGAAACACCAACCACACCCAUUACAUCAACUAAUUCUACAACUACAACCACUUCAACAACAACCACCACAACUACCACUGAAACACCAACUACAGUCACUGCAUCGACUAAAACACCAACUACACCCAAUACAUCAACUGAAACACCAACUACAACCAUUACUACAACCACUUCAACAACAACCACCACAACUACCACUGAAACACCAACUACAAUCACUGCAUCGACUAAAACACCAACUACACCCAAUACAUCAACUGAAACAUCAACUACAACCAUUACAUCAACUGAAACACUGACUACACCCAUUACAUCAACGGAAUCUACAACUACAACCACUACAACAACAACCACUACAACUACGACUGAAACACCAACUACAAUCCAUACAUCAACUGAAACACCAACUACAACCAUUACAUCAACUGAAACACCGACUACACCCAUUACAUCAACGGAAUCUACAACUAAAACCACUUCAACAACAACCACUACAACUACAACUGAAACACCAACUACAAUCACUACAACAACUGAAACACCAACUACAAUCACUACAUCAACUGAAACACCAACUACAAUCACUACAUCAACUGAAACACCAACUACAACCAUUACAUCAACUGAAACACCAACUUCAACUAUUACAUCAACUGAAACACCAACCACACCCAUUACAUCAACUAAAUCUACAACUACAACCACUUCAACUACAACCACCACAACUACCACUGAAACACCAACUACAGUCACUGCAUCGACUAAAACACCAACUACACCCAAUACAUCAACUGAAACACCAACUACAACCAUUACAUCAACUGAAACACCGACUACAACAGCUUCAACUACAGCUAAAACACUAACUACAUCUAUUACAUCAACUGAAUCUACACCUACAACCACUUCAACAACAACCACCACAACUACCACUGAAACACCAACUACAAUCACUGCAUCGACUAAAACACCAACUACACCCAAUACAUCAGCUGAAACAUCAACUACAACCAUUACUUCAACUGAAACACCGACUACACCCAUUACAUCAACGGAAUCUACAACUAUGACCACUACAACAACAACCACUACAACUACGACUGAAACACCAACUACAAUCCAUACAUCAACAGAAACACCAACUACAACCAUUACAUCAACUGAAACACCGACUACACCCAUUACAUCAACGGAAUCUACAACUAAAACCACUUCAACAACAACCACUACAACUACAACUGAAACACCAACUACAAUCACUACAUCUACUGAAACACCAACUACAAUCACUACAUCAACUGAAACACCAACUACAAUCACUACAUCAACUGAAACACCAACUACAACAGCUUCAACUACAGCUGAAACACUAACUACAUCUAUUACAUCAACUGAAUCUACAACUACAACCACUACAACAACAACCACUACAACUUCAACUGAAACACCAACUACAAUCCGUACAUCAACUGAAACACCAACUACAACCAUUACAUCAACUGAAACACCGACUACACCCAUUACAUCAACGGAAUCUACAACUACGACCACUGCAACAACAACCACUACAACUACAACUGAAACACCAACUACAAUCACUACAUCAACUGAAACAGCAACUACAAUCACUACAUCAACUGAAACACCAACUACAAUCAUUACAUCAAGUGAAACACCAACUACAACAGCUUCAACUACAGCUGAAACACUAACUACAUCUAUUACAUCAACUGAAUCUACAACUACAACCACUUCAACAACAACCACCACAACUACCACUGAAACACCAACUACAAUCACUGCAUCGACUCAAACACCAACUACACCCAAUACAUCAACUGAAACACCAACUACAACCACUUCAACAACAACCACCACAACUACCACUGAAACACCAACUACAAUCACUGCAUCGACUCAAACACCAACUACACCCAAUACAUCAACUGAAACACCGACUACACCCAUUACAUCAACGGAAUCUACAACUAAAACCAUUUCAACAACAACCACUACAACUACGACUGAAACACCAACUACAAUCACUACAUCACCCCCUAUAGUCACUGCAUCAAUGACAACACCAUCAACAGAUAAUUCAACCAUUGACUGUCUACCAUGGAAUAAAAGGCUAAAUGAGACAUUUUUUCUACCCAAUUGUACCAUGGGCAAAUGUUUGGGGAACAAUAUCGUGGAAACCAUGCCCUAUAUAUGCCCGCCCAUAAAGAGCAUAACUUGUUCUAAUGGAAAAGUUCCUGUUCUAGUAUAUGAUGAUGAUAAGUAUCCCUGCUGCCAACAUUAUGAAUGUGACUGUGUGUGCGAAGGAUGGGGAGAUCCUCAUUAUAUGACAUUUGAUGGCAAAUACUACAGUUACCAAGGAAACUGCAGUUAUUAUUUGAUGAAAGAAAUUAUACCAAGGUAUGGCUUGGAGGUUCAUAUUGAAAAUGUCCAUUGUGAUCCCACUGAAGAUGUUUCCUGUCCGCGAUCUUUGACUGUCAUCUAUAAAACAGAAAAUAUCAAACUUAUAAAUCAAAAUCUCAAUGGACCAGCAGCCAUGCAGGCCAUUAAAAAAGGAGAAAUCCUUAAACUACCUUACGUCACACAAGAGGUUAAGGUGAUAAGCACUUACCUUAACAUGAUUUUAGAGAUCCUUGAUCUCAAAGUGGUCAUUAAGUUUGGAAGAGCUGGCUUUAAUAUCAUCCUUCCAUACAAGUACUUUGGAAGAAAUACACAGGGUCAUUGUGGAACCUGUACAAAUAAUCAGACUGAUGAUUGUAUGCUACCUGGAGGUCAUCAAGAAACAAAAUGUGAAGUCAUGGCAAAUUAUUGGCUUCUACCAGGCAGUGAAGGACCUGGCUGCAGGACUGACAAACCAACUCCUUCACCACCUACAUGCCAGCCAGACUCCAUUUGUGAACUACUUUGGAGCAGGGUCUUUGCAGAAUGUCAUCGACUGAUCUCUCCAUCCAACUUCUAUAAAGGCUGUGUUUUUGAUAACUGUCAUGUGUCCAACAAAGCAGUGGUGUGCAAUAGUUUGGAAGUUUAUGCUGCUGCGUGUGCAGAGAUUGGAGUUUGUAUUCACUGGAGGAACCACACUAAUCAAUGUGCGACCCAAUGCCCAUCAAACAAAAUUUAUAAGCCUUGUGGUCCUGCAGAACAGCCAACUUGUGAGCAAAAUUCCAACGAGCCCAGCAUAAACUACACUACUGAAGGCUGCUUUUGUCCUGAAGGAAUGAAACUGUUUAACAAGAAAUCUAAUAUAUGUGUUAGAAGUUGUGGUUGUCUUGAUCCUGAUAAGAAACCCCGUAAGUUUAAUGAGACAUUUGAAUACAAAUGUCAAAACUGCAUCUGUGAUGAGUCCACCGAAACUGUGAUCUGCAAACCUAAGAUGUGCCCAGUACCAGCAGAACAAACAUGCAUCGGUCCAGGAUUUGUUCUCGUAAAUCAAACUGAUCCAUCAGAUCCCUGCUGCAUUGUCCAUGUUUGCCAAUGUCAGAGCAACACUUGCCCGAUCAACAGCAUGAACUGUCCAGUUGGAUACAGGUUAAACAUCAGUGUCCCUGAGGGAAAAUGCUGUCCAGAAUAUAAAUGUGAAUCUAUAAGAGUCUGUGUCUCCAACAAUGUUGAAUAUCCGCCUGGUUCUUCAGUUCCUGGACGGGAAUGUGAGAACUGCACCUGCUCCACAAAUUCUUUAUCUGACGGUCUGAUGGAAGUAAAGUGCACACCUCAACAAUGCAAAGAAUUGAACUGUCCAAAUGGAUUUGAGUAUAAAAAAACAAACCCAGAUGAAUGCUGUGGAAAUUGUGAACAAACACACUGUGUAAUCAAUGUUAACGGUACUGAGAUGCUCUUGAAGCCAGGAGAAAUGUGGUCACCAACUGAAAAUAGGUGUGAGCGUUACGUCUGUGUUAGAACUCUUAAAACUUUCACAGCCAUUAGAUCGCACACUGUUUGCCCACCAUUCCAAGAAAACAACUGCAAGAGUGAUACAAUUCAAACUGCAGCAAAUGGCUGCUGUAAAAUUUGUGUGGAGAAAGAGAAGGCCUGCAAACUAGAGACCAUGGAGACUGUUAUAAAUCGAAAUGGUUGUAUUUCUAAAGUGGAUAUGCCGUACUGUGAAGGUUCAUGCAAUACUUUUGUCAAGUACUCUGAAGCAGCAGAUGCUAUGGAACAUUCCUGCUCCUGUUGUAAGGAGACACGCACAAGCAAUCGUACUGUUGACCUUGUGUGUGAAAAUGGUGGGCAGGUCUCUUUCACCUAUAUGCACGUGGAGGAGUGCAACUGUAGCCACACAGAGUGCACCACCCCUGCUAGGCAAAACAUUCGCAGAAAGCGAAGCUUCACACUGCUGUGAUAAAUUCAUCUUUCCUCACAGUAACAGAUGUUGAAUGUACCUGUGUCUACCAGUAACAUUUAAAUAAUCAUUAAAUCUCUCACAAAGUAACUGACUUUGUGGAGUUCAUUUAUCAGCUGAUUAAAUAAAAAGAUGCAUCUCA